AUGGGAGCAGAUAAUUCUACACAGCCGCCUCCAUUUCUAGACACACCAUGGAGACAAAUAAACUGGAAAGACAAACAGAGCGAUCUGCAGUAUGUGAAGAACUACAAACCUCACAUUGAAGGUCGGCAGCUCAGGAUUCUUCUUCAUGGACCGGUUGGAGCUGGAAAAUCCAGUUUCAUCAACUCUGUUAAAAGUGUCUUACAAGGCAAAAUGUGUGCAGCGGCCUUAGUGCAUGACAUGUCUCAAGACUAUUUCACCAAAAAGUACACAACCUACAAGAUCGAAAAGGAAAACCCAAGCACUUUUUACCCUUUUGUUUUCAAUGACAUCAUGGGCCUGGAACCAAUAAAAGGUGUCCUUGUGGACGACAUCAAACUGGCUUUGAUGGGACGUGUGAAGGAAGAUUACAAGUUCAAUCCUGAACAUAAGUUAUCAGAUGGUGACCAAUACUACAACACAGAAGUAAAUCCCAACGACGAAGUGCAGGUCCUGGUUUGUGUCAUUCCUGCUGACACAGUAAAUCUAAUAAGUAAAGAAGUUAUAAGGAAGAUCCAGGAAAUAAGGGAAGUAGCCAGUGAACUAGGGAUUCCUCAAGUGGCCGUUAUCACCAGAAUUGAUCAGGCCUGUCCUGAGAUCCAAAAAGAUUUAAAGAACGCCUACAAGUCCACCUACCUGAAGGAGAAGAUGGAACAGUUCAGUAUGGAAGUGGGUAUCCCAAUGAACUGCAUCUUCCACGUGAAAAACUACUCUGAAGAAAUCAACUUGAAUGAUGACGUUGACUCACUGAUCCUGAGCCCACUGAGACACAUCAUCGACUUCGGGGAAGACUUCAUGAACCACAAAUUGAGUCAGUCUGAAGGUUCACACAGUUAUGAUUGA